AUGGAUAAUGGACUGAAGUAUGUGGAGCAAGAUGGCGAGGAACCGUUCCGAUAUAGCCAUUUCAUUGCGAAGGACGUGAAAAAGGAAGCCAUUGAAAAACUGUUGCGGUUGAAGCUGACCUACAAAGAGAUAACUGGCAAAGAUUAUGCGGCUCCUGGUGGUCGUAAGCAAAAAGACAAAAAGCCUGCUCCGGAAAAGAAGCAGGAGAAAAAACAGGACGCGAAACCUGAUGGAAAAAAGCAAACAAAGUUGGGAAUCGAAGUUUCGAAGGAUGAAAAUUAUUCUGAAUGGUAUGGUCAGGUGAUCACGAAGGCGGAAAUGAUUGAAUAUUACGAUGUUUCUGGAUGCUAUGUGUUGCGUCCAUGGUCGUAUGCAAUCUGGGAAUCCAUUCAG